CAUCACAUCCAAUGUACAAGACCAAGAAGAAAGAGUAAUCGAGACAGCAACACGAGAGAGAACGAGUAUUUCCAAGUGGGGGGGUAAAAUUUAAAAAAAACUAAAUAAAUUUAAAAAAAGUUAUGAAAUAAAGUCUAGUGAAUUCUUUCAAGUAUUUAGCGCUUCAUUACAUUUUAUCGAGUUACUUUGACUACUAUACUUCUCAAGUACUAUUUAUUCAUCGUAAAUUUUAUAAAUUUUGUGUUUAAAAAUAUCUUUAAGUGAUCUAGUGCCGUGGAAAUAUUUUGUUUAUAUUUAUUUAUUAAUCAAUAGAUAAAAUAAUAAAAAUGGAAAAUAAUAAAAUAUCGAUUGAUAGGAAAAAUGUUUACGGAAAUUUACAAGAGGUUAAAAAAGCGUCGAAGGUGUUAAACGUCAUUAAAGAAGAUAUGUUGUCGAGCUUAUAUAUUUCUUCUUCUUCUUCAUCUUCAUCUUCAUCUUCGAUCUCAAGUGUUCCAUCUUCGUCAAAUAAUGAAACCGAUGAUGAUUCCCGAGCCAUUGGAAUGAUUCAGCUUAUGCAGUGUGGCUCCCUGGAUAUCGACGAAGCACGACAACGCCGAGUGAAUAGAAUGGAGUCUCUCUGUCAAGUAGUAUCCAAAAGCGUCCAAAUCAGCCGCACCCCUAGCAAAGAAGACACCAAAAAUACCAGCACCAGUGACGAUAACAACAACCACGACAACACCAACAACAAUAUUAAUAAUAUUAAUAAUAAUAAUAAUAAUAAUAAUAAUAAUAAUACUCACACCAUCAGCAACACCAAUAACACCAGUACAACCACCAAGAACAACUUAAAUAGCUCACGAAGCUACAAAUCGUCUCUAAUAAAUAGCAUAAUCGACAGCAGUGGCGGCGGAAAUGGGGGUGGUGGUGGCGGAGUCAAUAACAGCAGCAAACUUCACAAAGACAGCGACUGCCCAAAUGAUCCCCAGCAAAGACUCGCAGUGUUAUCAUUCGAGCAGGUGCGUCGGCUAAACGACGUUAUGAAUGAAGUUGUGAGUAUUCACGGGCGCGGUAAUUUUCCGACUCUCGAAGUGAAGUUGCGUGAUUUAGUGACUGUUGUACGUUCAAAAUUAGAAGAAGAUCCUAGUAAUGGUGGUGCUGGUAUGCGGGUACGCGACAUUCGUCUUAACGGUGGUGCAGCAUCCCACGUACUUGCAACAGAGUCCCAACCAUACAAUGACUUAGAUUUAAUAUUUGCGGUUGAAUUAACAACACCGCGUAAUUUUGACCGUGUCAAGGCGGCGGUUCUUGGUUCGCUUUUCGAUUUAUUGCCAGAAGGUGUCAGUCGCAAACGAAUAACCACUUGUAGUCUUAAAGAAGCAUAUGUUAGUAAAAUGGUUAAAGUUAAUGACGGUGACAGAUGGUCAUUGAUAUCUUUAGGAAAUUCACGUGGUCAUCGCAAUGUUGAACUUAAAUUUGUCGACACAAUGAAACGUCAGUUUGAAUUUUCUGUCGACUCAUUUCAAAUAGUUCUCGAUUCAUUGCUGCUGUUUUAUGAAUGCAGUAAACUACCAAUUGGUGAAAAUUUUUACCCAACAGUUGUCGGAGAAUCAGUUUACGGCGACUUUCAAGAGGCGCUUUAUCAUCUACACAAGAAAUUGAUAUCAACAAGGCAUCCGGAAGAAAUUCGCGGUGGCGGAUUGCUCAAGUACUGCAAUCUUCUGGUUAAAAUGUACAAACCAGCCCUACCUGAUUACAUGAAAACACUUGAACGGUACAUGUGUUCAAGAUUUUUCAUCGAUUUUCCUGACAUUAAUCAGCAGCAGGCUAAACUAGAGAAUUACUUGUGGAACCAUUUUGUUGGGCCAGAAGAAGAAUCAUUAAAGUAUCAGUACCUGAUGUUGCUGCAGAGCGUCGUCGAGGAAUCGACCGUUUGUUUAAUGGGACACGAGAGAAGACAAACACUUGCGUUGAUCGAGAAUCUUGCCUUCCAAGUACUCUACCAAGAGCAGCAGCGACUAAAUAGUCAGCAGUCAGCUGCAGCAGUUGCUGCCGCAGCUGCAGCAGCCGCUAAUGGACAACCAGCUUACGUUUACACCAACACGGGAUUCUAUUAUCCGGUCAUACCAACCGCUUGUUACACGUGUACUUGUAAUUCGUGGAUGGCAUGCUCAUCGUGAUGUGAUUGUGAUAAUAAUAAUAAUAAUAAUAAUAAUAAUAAUAAUAAUAGUAGUAGUAAUAAUAAUGAUAAUAAUAAUAACAACUAUUAUUAUUAUCAUAAUGCUAAUGAUUGUAAUGUUAAUUAAUUAAUUAAUUAAUUAAUUAAUCAUUUAUAAUUUUAUUUAUUAUUUUAAUAUCUAUCAUUUAUUUUAAAUAUUAUAAACUGCUCCAAGUUGGAUAGUCAAUGACAACUCAAGAUCUCUGUUUAUGAUGAUCAUUAUCAUCGUCAAUUUAAAUUUGUAUUAUUACUAUUAUUAUUAAGAUUAUUAUUAUUAUUAUUAUUAUUAUUAUUAUUUUUAUUUUUAUUAUUAUUUUUAUGAUUAUUAUUAUUGUUAUUAUUAUUAUUAUUAUUAUUAUUAUUAUUAUUAUUAUUAUUAUUAUUAUUAUUAUUAUUGCCAUGAUCAUUUAUUGAUGAAAUACUUUAUUUAUAAGUGAUAAAUGAUAAAUUUCAAAGACUACUACGAUAAUUAUGAAGAUGAUGAGGAUUUAUGAAGAGAAAUAAUUGUAAUAAUUAAUUGAUCGUUAAUUAUAAAUACUGAAUUUUUAUGCGCUUUAAUUUUCAUUAUUAUUAUUAUGUUUAUUUUAUUAUUAUUAUUAUAAUUAUUAUUAUUAUUAUCACUAUUAUUAAUAUUAUUAUUGUUAGAAUGUGACUGAUUAUGAUGAUGAUUAAAUGCAAAGAAUGGAUUUUUGUUAUAAUGAUUAAUCGGGUGAAAUUUGUUAUAAAUUCUAGUAGGUGUUAAAUAUAUAUUUAUAUAUAUGAGUAAAAAUAUAUUGAUUGUAUGUGCAAGUGAUGUGUAUUAACAAUGGCCAAUUUAAAAAUUUUAUAUUAUUAAUUAAAUAACAUCACAUUUAUUGUAUUUCAGACAAAUAGAUUUAAAGUCCAUUCAAGUUAUUAAUUCAAAUUUUUAUUCUAUUAUUGUAAUUAUUCUUAAUCCGGUAGCAGUUGUUUACGUUUUUUUUUAUAUUAUAGGCUUUAUAAUGUCCAAAAAUAAUCUACCAAAUAUCGAAAAUGAAUUUGGAAAUCUAAUGCACACCUCAUAUGCUUGUAUACGAAAAAAAAAAAUUUACCGAGAGCUGUUAACUUUUUUUUUAACUUUUAAAAUAUCAUUAAACGGAAUUUAUAUAAUUUUCACUUGGCUCCGUUUUAAGAUUAAAUAAAAGGUAUUAUAAAAAAAUUAUGUUAAUUAAUUAAUUACGAGUUUUAUGGUUACGUCAGACGAUCACACCAACGGAUGACUAUAAUUAAAUAUUUGUAACAAAAAUAUGUUAAUUAUGUAAAGUAGACUAAAAAUUAAAUAAAAAAACGUCCUGAUAUAUAUUUUAUUGUAUAAAUAAUAUAUGUAUACGACUUGAUGGUAAAAAAAAUUGAAAGUAAUAAUAAUUUUACCGCAUUGACAAUUGAGGUGUGCAAUUUAGUGAAAAAAAAAAAAUAAAAUAAAAUAAAAUAAAAUUACGAUCGUUAACGGAUUAAGUCAUUCCGAAAGAGAUAAAAAUUCGAUACUGGAUUAUUAAAAAAAAAAAAUAAAUAAAUAGAUGUUUUAAUUAUACUAUAAUUUAGUUAUUAUUAUUGAAAAUUAUAAAUUAAUUAGAUAUUCUGGAAAUAACAAAUAAUGAAUUAUUGGGCGAGGAAUUGCUUUGUAAAAAUAUAAUAUAACGACGGUUAAAAUAAUUAAAAUAAAAUAUAUAUGCGUAUAUUAUUAUUACUAUAUAAAGUAAUAUUCAUACAUGAAUAUAAAUAUAUAUAUAUAUAUAUACAUAUUAAUGAAUAUUAAUUAUUAAUGUGUGGCUGUGAUCACAUUUCAUUUUUAGAUAUCUACAAACUUGUAAGAUUUUCAAACAAAAAACUAA